GACUGCCGCUGGUGCCGAACGUCGGCUUGGGAAUCGCAGCGCUGGAUGCCCCUCCGCCACUGCCGCCCCCCUGCCAGGGUCCGCCGACCCCUGGGGCGGGAGAGGUUGGGCUGCUUCCGGGGCCCGCCAGCGGCGCUGCGCCCGCUGCAGGUCGCCCGCCGAGCGCGCGGGUGACUGCCGAGGAGCGGGGCGGCAUCGCGCGGCUGACGCUGUGGGGGGCGCCCCCGGCCAGUGGCGUGAUUUGCGGCCGCGCCCUGGCCCAGCGCGCGGGGAAGCCGCUGGUGCUGAUGCUGGUGCCCGAAGGAGAUCUGGGUCGCAGCGCGGUCCGAGGCCUGGACGCGGUGGGGCCUCGCGCAGGUCAGAAGGACGAUGGCGAGGACGACCUUCGCGCCCUUUCCGCGGCGUGGGGCCGCGUGAACGAGCGCCGCCGCUCCUGGGGCAGCGCGGUGGAGAACCUCUGCGACAAGAGUUUCACGGACUGGCCGCUGAUGGGGCCCAGGGCCGCGGCGUGGCUAUGUCGCCACAUCCGUCUCAACGGAGGGGGCCCGCCUGCCUUCUCCACGCGCGCGGUGCGGGGCAUGAGGAUGGCCGAGAAUGAUCGCGGCGCCUGCGCGCUCGAGGUGUCACUGAUCGCCUUGGAAUUGGCCGGCACGGACGCGGCCACCGCGUUCAUCGACCUCCCGCGCGACACCGCGCAGGCCGCAGCUGCGGCAGCUUUGCGCCAGCAG